CAUCCAGACGGCGGGGGUGACGGUGGAGCAGCUGGACUUCCCGCCCCUGGUGCUGGGCGAGGGACCCUACUGGAUCGAGAGCCUCCAGGCGCUCAUGCUCGCCGACGUCUACAGCAACAUCCUCAGGAGGCGCUUCUUCCCCUCCGGCAGACACCAGGUCCUCCACCUUGACUCGACUGGCGACCCCCUGGACGUGAUCACGGCUGCGAUCCCGGUGGAAGGCGAACGCAAUAUCUACGUGGGCGUGGAAGGGAACCACAUCACGCUCCUGCAUUGGGCGACCUAUGACCCCGACGACCACAAUGCGACCUCGAGGGUCAUCCACACGACCGAGGACUAUGCCUUCAACGAUGCCAAGUGCGACCCUCGAGGCAGACUCUGGGCAGGCACGGUAGCUCCUUUGGACGAGAAUGUGCAGGUGACGGAGGUCAACACCUCGGGUCUCUACAGGAUGGACAGCAACCUUAAAGUGUCCAAGUGGGCUACG